CUCACAGAUGGGCCACCCUGGCGGCCGUCGCGGACCGUACCAGCCGUUUCUAUGCAGGGGCCCCCGCUGGCCGCAGUGACGCACGACGCUCAUGAAAGACGACGCUGUGUGUCUUCGCGACUGCGUGGCGCCGCCGGUGUCCCCGACGGUGAACAACUGGCAGCGCAGGGGCUCCUCGGGGAACGAGUCGGCCUCCGCAACCUCGACGACGACCGCUGACCCCGUGACGCAGCCGAAGACGCCGAUGUCGCCGAUGAUUGCCAACUCGGACAUCAUGAAGCAGAGGGUACGGGAGGCACUCCGAAAACCCGAGUACAACGUCGCGAAUUUCUACCACGAGACGGGCAUCUGGAGGAGCAUCGCCACGAACCCCGUCUUCGAGAACUUGACGCUCAUGGUGAUCUCCAUCAACGCGUUGUGGAUUGCCAUAGACACGGACGGCAACCCCGCUUCAACACUGCUGGACGCGCAGCCAAUUUUUCAGGUCGCGGAGCACCUCUUCUGCUGGUACUUCUCUUUUGAGUGGUACGUCCGCUUCAGCUCGUUCAGGAGGAAGCAGGACGGGUUGAAGGACGGAUGGUUCGUCUUCGACUCGUGCCUCGUGUUCAUGAUGGUCGCCGAGACCUGGGUGAUGACUUCAAUAUUGAUGCUCGGUUCCGGUGGCGGUUCCGGCAUGGGUGGUGCUUCGAUCUUGCGGUUGUUCCGUUUGCUCCGGCUUUCUCGUUUGGCGCGGAUGUUGCGGUCCAUGCCAGAGCUGAUGAUUCUGAUCAAGGGGAUGUUGGCCGCUUCCCGCUCCGUUUUCUUCACCAUGUGCUUGCUAGUCAUCCUUUUGUACCUCUUCGCAAUCAUGCUGAGGCAGCUCACGGACGGCACGCCUGUCGGCGACGCCUUUUUCUACAGCGUCCCUGCGUCCAUGUACAAACUCCUCAUUGAGGGCGUCUUCCUGGACAAUCUGGGCGACACUGCGGAAACCAUCGCCGCGACCAGCCCCGUGUACGCGGCCGUCUUCUUUGUCUUUGUCGUGUGCGCCGCCCUCAUGGUGAUGAACAUGGGGGACCGGCGGAUCGGGGUGCUCUGCGAGGUCGUGAGUGCUGUGGCCGCGACGGAGAAGGAAGACAUGGACGUGCACGCCCUCAAGACGAAGCUCGCCGACGUGAUGGGCCGGCUGGACACGAACAACAACGGCACGCUCUCCGAGAAGGAGUUCGUGCAGCUCGUGAGCGAGCCCACGGCCGUCCUGCUCCUGGACGAGGUCGGCGUCGACCCCAUAGCUCUCAUCGACAUGGCGCCGAGCAUCUUCGAGGAGGAGGAGGAGGAGGAUGAGGCCGAGGCCGACGUCGACGAAGAGGAUGGGACGUCGAAGCCGCCGAAGGAGAUCGACUUCUCCAGCUUCAUGAAGAUCGUCCUCGACCUCCGCGGCUCCAACUCGGCGUCCCUGAAGGACCUCCGGGAGCUGAAGAACGACCUGGUGACCGAGAUGGAGAACCUCAAGGUGAGCCUCAACGUGCCCACCAGGCGCCGGAGCAGCCUGACACGGCGGCCCUCGUCGAUCGACAAGUGCGUGUCGGAGCCGGCCCUCGCGACGGAGCGCAGCAUGGCCGCAGCCAGGUCGAAGAUGGCGGGGCCGAGGCCGUCGGCGGAGCAGCUGUGCGGCAUGUUGCCGGGCUCGUGCGGCGCGGACGCCCGGGGCUCCGCGUCGCCGCCGCCGCCCCGAGGCUCGCGGGGCGGCGAGGCGGGAAGCGGCCUGGACAUGCAGGAGGUGCACGUGGCGCUCUGCUCGCUGCAGUUGGCACUCGCAAGGGCGCAGCGGCCUAGCCCGCCUGGGGCGGCCAGCGCGGAGGACGAGAGGGAGAGGUUCGAGUGGCUCGACAGCAUGAGCAGGGCGUCAGUCGCACACCUGGAGAGACUGCAGAGGAUGCAGAGGAGCUGCAUAGGUACAGACGCGUAGGAAACUUGCGGCCAGUUCGCCUUCGGCGUGCUUGCCCGUGACGAUUGUUUCAUGAUGCGUUCUGAAUGUUUUUCCUUUUUCUGCCGAUGUUGAUGCUGUCGCUCCUCCUUGUGGGCGGAUCCUCCAAUAUGUGCAUAUAUACACACAUUAUACGUAUGCCAUACGCGCGAAUCCGUGACAUCUUCACAUGCAGCGAAGACGUUGCGAGCGUUCAGCCUCAUCCUUUUUUCCCUUGUGCGGCAGGCCUGCCACGGCUUGCCCGUAUUCCAUCCCAUCGCUUGCUUUUUUAGAGUUAAGUCGGGCCUGUCCCUCUACAGGAGGGAAAUUCAACAAUAGUCAACAAAUAGUCGGGGGACUAUUUUCUGACUAUUUUUGAGCAUUUUGGGAGCAUUGUUGGAGUAUUUCUAAUUUUUCGCUCAAAAUCCGGCCCGACUUGAUGUUUAAGCCAUCGACCGCAUCCUUGGCUGUUGCCAUUUCGGCUCAAGCCAUCGGCCGCUGGGUGUUCUUCAGGGGCGCGCGCUGGGCCGCGCGGGACGUCGGGAGUCGCGCGCGCGGCGCGCGGGCGAGCCCCCUGCUCGGCGUCGCGCCUGCUGGAAAAGCAACUGGCUCCGCCCGACGGGCGCUGUUUGACGCCCGUGCCCCAGGGAGCGUUCGGCCGUGUCGGCGCGGGCGCGCCCUUGCGGCCGCUGCUGCCUGUUCGCGCACCUCGAGGCCAUCCCGUCCGCUUCUUUCCACUCGGCCAUGCGAUGCGGCCGCGUCGAUCCACGCUGCGCCCACUGCACGGGCCCGUACCGGAAAGCGCCAUGCUGGCCGCUCUGCGCGCGCCGCCACGCGCGCGUGUCGAAACCCUUCCAGAACCGCUUGUUCUUCGACGCGUUUCAAGGCAGAGCUCUGCAACAACAAGGGAAGUAGACCACAUGUUUAUUUUCAACGGGCAUUGGAGUUGACGAUUUCACGUUCUGCAGUGUGGAUUGCACCACGUAUAGUACACCGUAGAGAUUGCUUGGGUGCAAUCAUUCACUGCUUGGUGUCCCCGUUGGCAACAAUCAUUCACCAUCGAGAUUUGAAUCCUCAUGGAGGCCUGAUAACGCUCCACCCAGUUCAUGCGGCACGGUGGCGGACACCCUCACGUCCAAUGGACUUGCCUGGGUUGCACUCUCGGUCUUUAACCCUUUCAGAUCGGCGGGCCACGGCUGACUUAGUAAUGGAAUCAAACCGCUUACGGUAGCACGGAACGUGCAUGUCAUUUUCGCGGCCUUUGCCCGGACAUCCAGUAGGUAUUUUGCGGCGCGCCGCGCCCAGCAGAUAGGGGCAGGCUUCAUGCCCGGAGAUAAAUUGUCUGCUGUUCUUCUGUGAUGCUCUUUCUUCUAUUUUUUUUGCUCUCUCUCUCUCUCUCUCGCUCUCUCUCCCCACGAUGAAGAUGGUUUUGGUGCUGCAUAAUUCUGCACAGCCUGACAAAAAGGUGGCUGGCCCAGCCAGGGAUCCGCUGCGGCCCGCUGCCACCCCAGUCUAUCAUAUGUGUCCACGGUUCGGGCUCCAGCUUGGCGGAGCCGGACCAUUGUCGGCCCCCAUGGUGACAUUUACUCUGGAGGAGAGUCGCGUGGGAGAUUGGAUUGGACGACCUGCAUGUGUCGUAGUUCGAUGCCGGAGGAAACAUCCUACCCUACCGUUUUCGGCCAAGGUUGGCGGGUGACGGAAAGCGAUGCACAGUGCAAUCGCCCAGUUGAGCGG